AUGACUGCGAGAGAAGUGAUGACUGGAGAGCACUAUAAAAACUUCACCCUUCAAAACAGCCACUACUACCUUCCGAAUUGCUACUGGCAACGCAUAUCCGCAAACGAAGAAAUCCGCGCAUCAAUCUGUACUCAGACACACUACAUCAUGGAGGAUGAAAUCUUUCAAUCCCCGACGGAUCUCUUUGCGAAAGUCACAAGCGACGUAACGAUGCUCGGUAUAACGCUCAGAAACCUACAGGCCGAAAUCGACAAGCACAAUGAGCCCCGACCAAAGAGCCCGGUGGACAGAAUGAAGGAUCUUGUUGGAAAGGAGAAGCGGAAAAGAGAGCGUGAGGAGAAGGCCAAAGCACUUCAAGGAAGGAUUUCUAGUGCGUUCGACGAGUACGACAGGUUACAGGAAGAUUCAGUUCGACACGGGGGUGAGAGUGUCGUCAGUCCGACAGAAUCAGCACCUGUGAGGAAGGCUAUCCGCGACUAUGGCAUACUCAUCCAAGACUUGAAAAAGAAAAUGGGAAUGCGUACCGACGUGUGA